AUUCGGAAACCCGCGAAUAUUUCAAAUUAUUAUUAUAUUUUUGUCCAAAGAUAUUACCUUUCUUUACUUUCGGUAUGAAGGCACUGAUCUUAGUUGGAGGAUAUGGGACCAGACUCCGUCCACUUACUCUUAGUAGACCUAAACCCCUUGUAGAGUUUUGUAAUAAGCCCAUGAUGAUGCAUCAGCUGGAAGCACUAGUUGCUGCUGGAGUAGAUCAUGUAAUUCUAGCAGUCAGCUAUCGAGCAGAAAUGUUAGAGCAAGAAAUAAAAAAAGAAGCAGCAGAGUUAGGCAUUCAAAUAAGUAUAUCCCAAGAAGAAGAGCCUCUGGGGACAGCUGGUCCUUUAGCUUUAGCAAAACAUCUUUUAUCUGGAUCGGAGCCUUUCUUUGUUCUUAACAGUGACAUUGUAUGCAAUUUCCCUUUCAAAGAGAUGAUAACAUUCCAUAAAGCUCAUGGACAAGAAGGAACUAUUGUGGUAACUCGAGUAGAUGAGCCCUCUAAAUAUGGUGUAGUGGUUUAUGAAGCAAAUGGUAAAGUAGAUAGGUUUGUAGAAAAACCUCAAGAGUUUGUCUCAAAUAAGAUUAAUGCUGGAUUGUACAUCCUUAAUCAGUCAGUUCUGAAUAGAAUUCAAGUUAGACCCACUUCUAUUGAGAAAGAAAUUUUUCCUGAAAUGGUUGAAGCCAAUCAGUUGUACGCUUUUGAGUUGGAAGGAUUCUGGAUGGAUAUUGGACAACCUAAAGACUUUUUAACUGGCAUGUGCUAUUAUCUUCAACAUAUGAGAAAAACUGAACCUGAAAAGCUUAUGAAAAAUGCAGAAAUAUGUGGAAAUGUUCUCUUGGAUCCUACAGCAAAAAUUGGGAAAGAUUGUCGCAUAGGUCCUAACGUUGUAAUAGGUCCAGGGGUAGUAAUUGAUGAUGGUGUAUGCGUUAAAAGAUGCACAUUGCUAAAAGGUUGCCAUAUUAAGUCUCAUGCAUGGUUAGAGUCUUGCAUUAUUGGAUGGAAAAGUGUUGUUGGGAAAUGGGUACGAAUGGAAAAUACAACAGUUUUAGGUGAAGAUGUAAUUGUAAAAGAUGAAUUAUUCGUGAAUGGGGGUAAAGUACUUCCUCACAAAGCCAUUUCAGAAUCUGUUUCUGAACCACAAAUCAUUAUGUAACAUUUAUUAUUACUUAGUUUAUGGAGUAUAUUUUUAUACAUAAAUUAUCAUUGUAUAAUUUCUCUUAUAUAUUUAAUAUAUAUGAUGGUGCCUAAUUAGGACAAAAAUAAAUUUGAUCAAGAACUUUUUGAACAAACUAUUCUGCCUUUUAUACUCUGACAUUUGUUUUAUUAAUAUUUAUACUACUUGCAUUAAUUAACUUCUAAUAUGUAAUUAAUAAUUUAAUAUUUACUAAAUAAGAG